UCUUUGUGACAGUCCGACUCCGCAUAACAAUCCUCCGGAGCGUUCAAACUCAAUAAAACGAAGAAGAAGAAGAAACACCCGGCGGCGUGUCGGCGUGCGUGCAGAGACGUGCAGGAUUGAAGAAGUUAUUCACAAGUCGCCAACUCAGCAGCUGCUCUUUGAGAAGUUACCCUUGACAUCGCCGUGCACGUUGUCUCACUGACACGUUAUUCGAAGCGCGUGGGGUGGUGACAGCCAUGUUGGCCGUGUGUUUGAGGCUGCUUUUGCUCCUCCCCCUAAUUUGCUGCAUCCCCUCCUCCUCCUCCAGACCUCCGUCCAGACUCUGCAGGCGGUGCUGCGACCACCCGGACACACCAGCCGCCACGGCCCAGUAUCAGAUGCCCGAGGUCCGCACUGUCAUCAACAUGACCAUCCUCAAAGGUGAGAAAGGAGACAAAGGCGACAAGGGCACACCUGGCAAGCCUGGCCUCGAGGGACCACCCGGCCUCCGUGGACCCAUGGGCCCUAAAGGCAGCAAAGGCCAGGCAGGUGCCCCAGGAGACGCCUGUAAGAUCCCUCAUUCUUCCUUCUCGGUGGGACGUCGCAAGUCCCUACACAGUAUUGACUACUACCAGGCGCUGGUGUUCGACACGGUGUUCGUCAACGUCCACGAGCACUUCAACAUGUUCAAGGGCAAGUUCUACUGCUACGUGCCAGGGAUCUACUUCUUCAACAUAAACAUCCACACCUGGAACUUUAAAGAGACCUACCUCCACCUGAUGCACAACGACAAGGAGCAGGUGAUCCUGUACGCUCAGCCCAGCGAGAGGUCCAUCAUGCAGAGCCAGAGCGUCAUGCUGGACCUGGCCCUGAAUGACGAGGUCUGGGUCAGACUCUACAAGAGGGAGAGGGAGAAUGCAGUUUACAGCGACGACGUGGAUGUUUACAUCACCUUCAACGGAUACCUGGUGGCACCUGGCAUCCAGUGAAAAACAGAGUGAAUAAGCUGAGGAGAGGCAGAAUCUCUGGGUCGGAUUGUUAUCUUUUAUCCACAGAUACUGCUUUAUGCCGAGGACAUUACAACUUUGGUGCUUAUUAUAUAUUCCUUUCAGGAACAUACUGUGCUUUGUUAAAUGAGGCCUGCCCAAAAGAUGUUAGAACCAUAAAAGAAUGAUUAAAAAAAGGCAGCAGAGCACACAAUUAGGAAGGAAUGUUGAGUUACUUCCUUUGCACUAUAAAUACACUUUUGUACAAAGAAAAUCAUUUUUUCCUACUUCUGUGCUGUGCUAGUUUACCUCUUGGAUCACUCCUUUCAGGGACUUUGUGUGUAAACACAAGUUGUAUCACUUAUCAAGGAGUCAUAAAUCAGUGCAAUCAGUUCUGUAUUUGUGCCAUGGUGCUCCUUAACAGGAAUAGAAUUUCUGUCUGAUUAAAAUGUGUUCAGACUGCUGUCAUACCUUUAAAAAUGUUUCUGUUGUGCCUUUCAGAAGAACACAACUGGUUCACCCAAAUUGCAAAAACACACCCAAAAUAGAUUAAGCUUUGAGAUAUCUAUUUCUGAAAACUUCUUUUGCCAUUGUGAUGCAAUAGUGUCACAUUUAGGUAGCUUUAGAGCUUGCUAGAGGUUGGCACAGGUCAGGCUCUGAGGAGCUUGGACUCAACCCGGUCCAAAUUAAACUGGUUUCUGGUCUGUGUGUCCAUAUGUUAUAUAACUGGAUGGAUCUGGAUGGAUGCGAGCGUACUCAGCCCUGAUCGUGUGGUUCAUCGUAAUCAUCGUAAUCAUAGUGGAGGAAAAUAUUUCUUGUAAAUUGGCAGUCUAUGUAAAACAAUUACAUUUUUUUUUUAAAAUUUAAUUCAGACACUAAAUAGCUGAAAAAAUGACCAGAAUUAUCUACCAAGGAAGCGUUUGUUUUUGUUGUUGUUGGGUUUUUGGGUUUUUUUUGGUUUUUUUUGCAAUUUUGGUGAACUGACCCAUUAAACACAAGUAUUUCCCAACAUAUCAAAAUGAUAAAACAGAGAUGCUUCAUCACUAAAUGCAGGAGUGCAUUAGGAUGCUGAUGAUGAAAUAUCAUGUUUUGUCAGAGACUUCAAACUGCAGAGCAGUUCUUGUAAAUAGCUGUAUUAUAGCUGUCUUUAUAGCCUAAAUCUGUGCUACCACUUGGGGCUCAUGCUGUGUAUGUGUGUGUUUAUAUUGUGAACAAUAUUUCCUCCUUUACUAACCAAGUCUCUCUUUGUUCUGUAUUCCUGAUCAGCAAAAAGACACUUGAUUAUGAAAAAUUAAAGGUUUUCAGAUUUUCAUGAAUGAAA